AUGUCUGAGAGGAGACCUCAUUUUUCGAUAAUUCCUGUACGGGACGCCGCGGACCUGAAAGACACCAUUGACCUCUUCUAUGCAUAUGCGGCGUCUCUAGGCUUCGACCUGGCCUUCCAGAACUUCGAUGCUGAAAUGGCCGGCAUGCCUGGAAAGUAUGCUCCGCCCGCAGGAGAGCUACUUCUUGCCCGGGAUGACGCUGGUCAUCCCCUGGGCUGUGUUGGACUGCGUCCACUGCGUUCGCCUAGAGAUGGCUAUAGAGUGUGCGAGAUGAAGCGUCUGUACGUAGCUCCCUCUGGGCGAGGAACUGGGGUGGGAAAGACCUUGGCCACAUCGAUCAUUGCCGCGGCGGAGAAUCUGGGAUACCAUGAAAUGCGUCUUGAUACCCUCCCGAGCAUGGUGGCCGCGCUGAGGAUGUAUCGCUCUUUCGGCUUUGAGGAUAUUCCUCCUUACUACGAUACACCCUUGGAUGCAACGCAUUUCCUCGCACUGCGGCUUCCGAGAUUAGAGAAACUCCACGAUGGACGCUCCCGUUGA